CCCAUUUUUCUCAAGUUCCAUUUUUGGUCACCAAACUUCAAUUAAACUAUAUAGAAAUGUUCUCCAAGGUUCGUAGAUCAUUUUAGAGGCAUCAAUUCGAAGUUUUAACAACAAAUUCAAGGUUUAUGAUUCUUGGUUCUUCACAUAUGUCAAACACAAAACUCAACCAAACGACCAUUUAUGAACUGUAAUUAAUUAAUUAAUUUCAUACAUAUAUGGAAAGCACAGAUUCCUCGAGCGGGUCGCAGCAGCCGCAGUUGCCGCCCGGGUUCCGCUUCCACCCAACUGACGAGGAACUCGUGGUUCACUACCUCAAGAAGAAGGCGGCUUCCGUCCCCCUCCCCGUCGCCAUCAUCGCCGAGGUUGAUCUUUACAAGUUUGAUCCAUGGGAGUUGCCCGCCAAGGCGACGUUUGGGGAGCAAGAGUGGUACUUCUUCAGUCCGAGGGACCGGAAGUACCCAAACGGUGCAAGGCCGAACCGGGCUGCGACGUCGGGCUACUGGAAGGCCACCGGAACAGACAAGCCGGUACUGACGGCCGGCGGGACACAGAAGGUGGGUGUGAAGAAGGCGCUGGUGUUUUACGGUGGGAAGCCGCCCAAAGGAGUGAAAACCAAUUGGAUAAUGCACGAGUACAGGCUCGCUGACAACAAACCAAACAACAAGCCUCCCGGUUGUGACAUUAACAACAAGAAAGGCUCUCUCAGGCUGGACGAUUGGGUUUUGUGUCGGAUAUACAAGAAAAACAAUACCCAGAGGCCAAUUGAUCAUCAGGAGAGAGAUGAUUUAACCGACAUGUUUGGACCAAUAAUUCCACCCUCGAUGCAAACGACAGUACUCCAAUUUGCCGCCCACCCAAACAAGUUCCAUCACCAAGCGCUACUGAAGGCCUCCAGCUACGGCGCCUUGCUAGAAAACGACCAGAGUAUGUACGACGGGAUGAUCGGAAGCAACGGGUCGCCGAUGGUGGCGGCUGCCGGAGGCGGCGGCGGGAAUCUCCUCCCCACGAAACGUUCCCAGCAACACCUCUCCGCCAUGUACUGGAACGAAGAAGACGCCUCUGUUUGUGACGGCGGGUCGUCGUCCCCACUCAUGACUAAGAAGUUCCUUGCCGAUGGCAGCCACCACCACCACGUGGCCGGCGGCGGCCGGAGUGACGACGACCAGAAUGGGGGCUCCAUCGCCACACUUCUCAGCCAGCUCCCACAAACCCCUUCUUCAAUGCACCAGCAAAACGUCGUGUUGGGCAGCCUCGGCGGCGGUGGAGAUCAGGGUGUCUUCCGGCCCCAGCCUUACCAUGUUUCCGGCAUGAAUUGGUACUAAAAACCGGACCGGACCGGACCAUGAAACCCAAUUCAAGAAAUCAACCGCUCGGAUUGAUCUUCGAUGUGAGACUGUAAGUACGUACGUGCAUAAAUUAAAGGUAGGGAU